UUAACUUAAAAAAGAUUAAGCCUUUAGAGAGCUUGUUAAAACUGUUUUCAUUGUUUGUUAUUAACGUAAUUAGCAUGAGACCAGUGUCUAUAUAUAGCAAACCAAAUCAAACCUUUGCAAAACACUACAGGAAGCAUGUGAAUGGAGAAAAUGACUUCCUCCAGACAGUGACAAUUCAACAUUGUACAACUUUCUAUGUCUAAUUAGUUUUUCAAUAACUUUCAAAAAACAAAAUCCACAUAAUAAUUACAUAUCAUUCAAGAUGCAGUCACCAUUAAAGAAUGAGUCCAAUGUCUUGGUAUUUACACUCUCUGGUCUGAAUGAAACAAUGGAAAAUAGAUAUGUCUUGUUUUCUUUUACUGCACUUUAUUAUCCCCUGAUAGUCUUUUGUAAUGUAACUAUAAUUACUACUAUACUCUUACAUAAGAAGCUUCAUGAGCCGAUGUAUGUGUUUAUAUGUAAUCUGUGUGUAAAUGGCCUUUAUGGCACAUCUGGAUUCUACCCUAAAUUUCUGUAUGAUUUAUUAGCACAGGAUCACAUUAUUUCUUAUGUUGGAUGUAUGAUUCAGAUAUUUGUCAUUUAUUCAUCCUUAAUGUGUGACCUUUCAACAUUAACAGUGAUGGCAUAUGACAGGUAUGUGGCAAUAUGUACACCACUGGAGUAUCAUUCAAAAAUGACAAAUCAGAAGAUUCUUAAAUGUAUCCUUUUCUGCUGGCUGACUCCAUUUUUUUGCAUGUCUUUUCUAAUCAUUUUAACAACUAGACUCACCUUAUGUGGCUUUAAUAUCGAAAAGUUAUAUUGUGAGAUUUGGGCAAUUGCAAAACUUUCUUGUUUUUCUACAACAGUAAAUAAUGUGUUUGGGUACAUUGUUAUUCUUACAUACUUUGGACAUUCAGUAUUGAUAUUUUGCUCAUACAUUCACUUGAUUAGAAAGUGCAGGAAGUCAAUAGAGGUCAGGCACAAAUUCAUGCAAACAUGUGUGCCACAUCUGCUUGCAUUGACCAGUGUGACAAUUGCAUUUAUGUUUGAUGUACUGUACAGUCGUUACGGCUCAAAGCAUGUUCCUCAAGGUGUGCGCAAUUUCAUCACUCUUGAAUUCUUACUUGUACCACCCAUUUUAAAUCCUCUUAUUUAUGGGCUAAAACUGAAAACAAUACGCCAGCAAGUUAUGAGACUGUUUUUCAAGAAACAAAUGGGAAUAUCUGAGUGAAUGUUUUAAGUCAAACUCUCAUAUGAUUUCGGUGUUUUAGAAUAAUUGUGUCAUUAAAAAAGUCUAAAGCAAGAAUCAUGUUGAGAUGUGUUGAAUAUUUAUUUAAUUGGAAUUGUUAUUUUGCAAUUGAGAAUACAAGUCAAUAAGCCAUAAGAGGUUCUGUGUUACAUUUUACCAUGAUUAAGAGGAGUUCUUAGGUAUGAAGUGAAGUAGAGGUCAUUACUCACAAUAGAAUCUCUGUACUUUACAGCGUGUUUGAAAAAACACAAAAAUUAAGAAAUUUCUGAAAAUUCCUUGCAUUCAGGUGUACUCUGAUAUAAAAUCUCUGAUAUAAUUACUGUUUUAAUAAAGUGCUAUUCAAAAAUUAUGUUUGUGUGUGUGUGUGUGUGUGUAUGUUGAUAUGUUGAUAAACAUAUGAACAAGGCUAAAGCAUCAAACUGGUACACACUGCAGUGCAUACAACACUGUAAGGAUGGAUUUUACCAAGACUGAAUUCAAGAUUCCUAUCCUGUAAUAAAACAAUAAAACUCUCUAAUCUCAAGUGAGGAUCUGCGAGAAAGAGCACAGGACGACACCUGGCUCGGCCUCCUCUCUUCCCCCUCAUGCUGAGUUCCUGACUCUUAACAACCUCUCGUUCCCCUCAGGCCAUGCAAACCUCACAAAUCUACUAUCUUAGUUGUUUUAAGUGACAUCAAUGUAAAUACUUCAGAUGCGAUUGGUAAGAUGGUUUCACUCCCACAUCGAUAGAACAAACAAGAAUAAAGAAAACAAAACCUGUUCUCCUAGUGUGGGAGAUGCCCCAAUAAAGAUCUUGAUUAACCAUUUGUUUGAUCCCCAUAACCAGGCGUGUGACCCUUUGGGGCAUGAGAAUGGGUCCAACAAAAGCUGCAUAAAUAUUUGGGUGCUAAAUGUUUACUGUCCUUUUGUUAAGAUUUGGGUAUUUAAAGGGAUUUGGCAAACCACUCAAGGAAGCAUCUGUAAUCAGACUUCCCACACCAUUGCUGUGUGUCUCUCUACUUGCCAGGUAUGCUGACUCU